AUGUGCAGGACGAUACUACCUCGCAAACGUUGCUGCAACCUGCAGCAAAUCCGUCAUGGGGAAGCAGCGGUAAUGCUACAGCGUGGCUGGAACCAUGAUCCCCAGAAAUUACCCUUUGCCCCGUACAUCAAAACGCAUGGGCUGGUCACUUUGAUCCAGAAAGGGCUUCAAUACUAUGACCUUGAAAAGUCGGUGGACAAGAAUGGGAACUCAGUCUCCCCUAACGUUUCAUUCUUCGGUCCCGGCGACAUUCAAACUGGCGCCUUUGAGACAGCUCAAGAUUCCACCGAAACCAAGGAAACGACCAUAGCCGGAAAUGCAGAACCAAUGUCUACUGCAUCUGCCGGGACGACUCCUAGAAUUGAUGGUGAAAUCAAAGCGCAAACUCCGACUGCAAGCGUCCCAACUGUAAAUCCACGGGAUGGCGAAGCCAGUGAGCUCGAGAAAGCUGCCACGAAAGCAGACGGCGUGGAAAUGGAAGUUGACAGACCCGAGCAAAUUGGUGAACCGUCUCUAACACCUCGCCCACCUUUCUCUCCCGCUACGGCUGUAGUCGACGCAGACGGGGACGUCGGCAUGAUCGAAUCGCAGGAGCAAGAGCCUCAAACGCCGAUUUUCACGCUAACGACAGGGCAAAGUGUUGGCGUGCAAGUAUCUCCUAUCAAAGCCGCUGAUUUGGGUCCGGAAACCGCACUGAUAGACGCACUGGGGGAGAGUCAUGUCAUGCGCACCGCUUGGCGACCAAAUGAUCCCCUUACUUUUGCUGCAGCUGGUGAUACGUUUUGCGGACUAUGGAAGUUGUCGGGACAGCGCCCCUCUACGCCCCCUACUCGCACGACGCUAGUGACCAGUUCAUGCGUUACGGCCAUGGACUGGGACUCAACUGGGGAAAUGCUUGCUGUGGCCACCUACGAUAAUUUCUUUGGGACCAUAACGAUGUACGAUGCGAGCGGAACUGCCGUAGAUGUGCUCCCGGAAUCCCCGCGGUUGGUUUCAGGCUUGCGAUGGGCCGAGAAGGGUUCGCAGGUUGCCAUUGUAGCGUGCGAUGGCGAACGCUCCGAACUUUUCUUGUGGAGUCAGGAAUCGCGGCCAGAUUCUCUCAUAAACCCAGAAAUAAUCGAUAGGCCAAUAUACGACGUUGUGUGGUGUACAAGCUAUCAUAUAUUUGCAUGUGGAGAUGGUUUCAUCUAUCAGUGCAAUGUUGGGGAGAACAUCCAGGUAUCUAAAACUUUUACAUCUGGAGAAAAGAUGGAACCCUGGACACUAUUAAAAACGUUAUCCACAAACGAGAUGCCCAUUGCUGUGGCUGCGUCGACUUCAACUGCGCAUAUUUGGAUUCCUACUCACGACAUCCACGUGGAAACUGCUCAUCACGGAGAUAUUACCGGGCUCGAAAUACGCCCGCGCCAGAAGUCUAUUAAAUCUUCGGUUACGACAUCUUUCACAGUGGCUACAUCUUCUAUGGACGAUACUGUUAAGCUCUGGAAUGUGGAUUUAAAUUCGAAAGUCGUGCAGUGCCACUACCGGUUAUUCCUUGGGGCCGCGUCUCCCGCCCUUGCACUUAGCUUUACCCCAGAUGGGUAUGCUAUCGCUGCUGCCAGCUACACUAAACUCUCCAUAUGGUGUGCUGACCGAGGUGGUACACCUAUGGCAACGUGGGAUGCGGCAUCUGAAAAACCGACAGAUGAGGCCAAUCAAGAGGGCCCUAUGGAGCUUGACUUGUCAGAUGAGUCAAUGAUGGAUCGACCGUUAUCAUGGGAUAGCGAUGGCAAAAAGCUUGCUUUAGGAUUUGGCAGAAAGAUGGCAAUUAUAAACCUUCAGCGGUGA